GAUUCAAAAUUUCGAACGAAUCGAAGAGGAACGAUUCCGUUGGAAUUAUACAAGAAAUCAAAGUCACAUUUUACAUUAUUUUGCUUGGAAUACUGAACUAUCGUCUCAAUAAAUGGAUCCUUUCACAGAGAAACUGCUAGCCCGAACUCAAGCACGGAAAGCAGCUUUGGCCAAGAAACGUGAGGAAGUGGCAAGUCGUAGUCCUGUUGUCACUCCACGGCGUCCAUUAUCAGAGAACAAGAACUCUGGUUCCACUCCUGUCAAAAAUGGGCCAGCAGUCAGCACAACCCCAAUUAAACCACCGACUGUCGUCAAGACCACUGAACAUGUUGCUGGCACUCCAAAAACUGUUUUUUACGAGAAGUUUGCAAAACAAGCAAGUCUUCAGCAGAAGGAAUGUUUUAUUGAGUUGAAUGAUGCCAAGAAUGCACUAAAACCUACACCAAAGAAGAGAAAUAUUGAUGAUAAAGGCUUGACAAAUCUGGAGAAAGUGGCAAGUGAUGAGCCAAAGUUAAAGAAAGCCCUGAAAGAUGAAGUUGUUAAUAUGGACAGUCCUUCAGUUAAGGAUCGCAAAGCAUUGUACAUGAAACAAGUCCAAGAAGGUGCUGCCCCUGCCAAAGUUAGCCCUACUCCUAGUCAAGUUGAGAAGCCGUUGCAGUUGAAGCCAGUUGAAUCUGAGAAAGUCUUUCCAUCCGUAAAAGAACCACGAUCCAGUCUUGCUGGUGGACGAUUUUUCCACGAUCCUCGCAAUAACCCGCGCGAGGGACACUCCAAACAUACAACUGACACUGCAAACAAAACAACACCAGUGAAACCACCACGUGUUACAGUGACAGCCAAAUUGAUAGAACCCGAACAGAUCACGACUUCUACCCGAAAGAUUUCCGACGGUGCCCCAGUCAAACCUCCUCGUGCCAGUCAAGGUAAUCCGCCUUCCAAGCCACCAAGAGUCCAGAUUUCAGAAUCUCAAAAUAAUGACGGAAGUGAAACCAAAGGCAAAGACAAAGUGAAGCAAUCCAGUGUCUCUAUAAUAAGCUUGAAACGACCAGCCCCAGUACCACCUACCGAUGAUGAGGUGUCAGGCGAAUCUAUCCAGCGAGCAUCGAAACGUUGCGAAGUCGAGGUCGAGAGUGACAUACCCGCAAAAAAGUCGACCCUUGAAAAGAAAAAUGAUACCAAAACAGACAUGGCUCUUGAAACGAAAGAUACAGUAUCCACUCCAAGUAAGGAUCUGCUGGCACCCCCAACUGGAAGUUGUUUGGAAAAACACAACGCUGUUUCAACGGUUAAUGAAAGCACUCCAACACACGAGGGGAAAAGCGAAGAUUUCAAGCGUACCUUGAAGUCCCAGAAGAUUUCUGCCAUAAGCCUGAAUGACAUGGACACAUCUUUAAAUUCGCACGAAAUAACAUUUAAUAUUUCGAUGACGGGAUUCGAUCAAGUCCUGGAAGAGGAUAAGAAAGACAUGUUUCAAAUGACUUAUGAUGAAAGUGUUAAGAAGGCAGAGGAAAGUGAGAUGUCGUGUAGUAACCAUGACGCACAACUUGAUGACGAAAUGAUCGCACCAGUUCAAGCAACGUUUAAAGGGGUGCAUAAAUCUGGUUAUCACAGUUCAAACAGUGAUCAAUACGCCGCAACGGUGACACCCAAGGCCAAGAAAGUCAGAUCUACCUCGACAAGAAAAUUUACUGUGCACGAAAAAAUUCAAAUGAUGCUCGAGGAAGCUGCCUAUCAACAAAACAUUGUGUUGCAGGCCAGUCAGGCCGUCAACACUUGCCUCGCUCUUCAUGAAGGAGUGAGUACAGGAUCUUCGGAAGAAGUCGAAGCAGAAAGAUUAUUGAGAUUUUCUACUGAACGUCGUACGGCUUGCUUGGAUGAAGUACAAAAGUUGAAAAGUGCAGAGGAAGAUGACGCUGUGUCCGUAGGAAGCGAAGAUAUGGACGAAGAUUUGCCUUGUAAAGCCACGUUAAAUAUUUCAGGAAUUAAACUUCCAGUAGAUAAGAAAAUGCUUCCGAACAAAAAUUCUUCAGAACCGUGCAUUUACAGUUUUAUAUGCAUCCUGAAGCACACGCCAAAACAGAUGUACUGUACAAAAGCAGUGUCCUCGAAUGAAAUCAAAAAUGGUUGCAUCACAUUUGAUGAUGAAUUUGAAAUAAAAAAUGUCAAGCCAUCUUUCACACUGGACAUCCAAAUAUUUGUUCUCAAAACCCAAUUGCCUUUGGUUUUACCACAGAACAAAAAUAGAAAGAAAAGCAUGAUUACGAAGUCCGUUUUAGAUUCACCGAAAAUUAAACAAAUCCUCAGCAAUACGAGGAAAGGCAGUGACGGCACCCCACAAGGUGUUACACCAGGCACAACUCAGGGCCCGGUCUUUCGAACUAGUGGAUUUACAUUAUCUUCAACAACUCAUAUUGAUUUGGAAAAUAUACACAAUCAAAAAUAUCAGAUGCAACAGGUUGAUGAGAGGUUUGCUCUGAUUGGGGACAUUCAUUUAGAAAUUGAAUGCAAACCAGAAUACACAAAUCAAGCCAAAGGUUUUCUUACAAUAUUUGAAGAUGUUGGUGGUCUGGGAGAUUGGCUGAGGUACUGGUGCAUACUUGAUGGAAGUGUUUUGAAGUAUUGGAAAUAUCCAGAUGAUGAUCUUAUCAAGCCCCCGAUUGGAUCCAUUGACCUUGACAAUUGCAUUAGCGAGUCAGUCACAAUAGUUCGAAGGGAUAUCUGUGCUCGGCCACAUACAAUGCAGCUUGUGCUGGAAAAACCGCAGACAGCUUCUGAUCGAGAGACACUGAUAGCCGUGAAUGCAGGAGGGAAAAUGCUUAUCAAGUAUAUGCUGUCAGCAGACACCAAGGCUGAUAAAGUUACAUGGCUGAACACAAUUAACGAGUCUCUCAAAGACUGGAGAGCAUGGCAUCACAAUACCGGUAUGGCUGUGAAUUCAGAUGUCAUUUUGGUGUGACAAGGCAGGUCUACACUUCACUAAUUGUACAUAGAGAAAUGUCUGGGUGAUAUACCUAUAUAAUAAUAAACUAAUCAAGACUGGCUAGAAUGUACGUUCGAAAUAUAAUGUACGUUAGAAAUAAAAACUAAAUUAUCUUUAGGAGGGACUAUGUAUCAUAAAUUGGUUUGCACAAAUGAUAGUCUUAUACUAUUUUGUUUCCAUGUAGUUUUUAAUUUCAAACAUGUUUAGUUUGAAAAACACUGCCUUGUAUUGGCAAGCACAAUUAUAAUACUUUUGGCAAAAUUUAAAGAUUCAUGUAUUGUAAUAUUACAUUCCAACAAGUUAUUUUUAGUAAUACUGUGCCACAGUGACCUCAAACAAGUACAGUAAAAUAAAAAUGUUUAAUUUUGUAAACAUGAAAUAAUAGGACUGCAUUAUAUAUGGUAUUACAAAAUAUAUUUUGAAUUAUCACUUGAA